UCGCUCUCUCCUCUCCAGGCCAAGACCAAGUACGGAGUAGUUCACUGUCUUCUCGGUCCAAGACUCAUCCACUUGCUUGUUUUGUUGCCAUGUCGCAGGUGCAGUACAAGAUCGCGCUGUGCCAGCUGCGGGUGACCACGGACAAGGACGGCAACAUCGCCCGCGCGCGCGCCGCCAUCCAUGCCGCCGCGGCCGCCGGCGCGAAGCUCGUCGUCCUGCCGGAAAUAUGGAGCUGCCCAUACUUGAUGGAGACCCUGCCGAGCUACGCGGAAGACAUAGACGGCGGAGGGUCGCCGUCGAUCUCGAUGCUGUCGGAGGUGGCGGCUUCCAGGAAGAUCACCAUCGUAGGUGGAUCUGUACCCGAGAAAGGUUCAGGUUCAGGGCAGCUGUUCAACACCUGCUGUGUGAUCGGGCCUGAUGGAGAGAUCAAGGCCAAGCAUAGGAAACUGCAUUUGUUUGGGAUUGACAUCCCUGGAGACAUUACUUUCAGGGAAUCUGAUACCUUGACUGCUGGACAAGAACCUACUGUGGUUGACACAGAUGUUGGACGGAUAGCUGUUGGAAUUUGUCAUGACAUCCGCUUUCCGGAACUGGCAAUAUUGUAUCGAUCAAGAGGUGCACACCUGAUAUGUUAUCCUUCUGCAUUCAACAUGAGCACUGGACAGCUUUUAUGGGACCUUAUGCAGAAGUCCAGGGCUGUUGACAAUCAGUUGUUUGUGGCGACCUGCUCGCCUGCAAGGGACCCCAACUCGGAGUCGGAAUACAUGAUCUGGGGCCAUUCCAGCCUUAUCGGACCAUUCGGUCAAGUCCUUGCAGCUGCAGGACAUGAGGAAGCAACCGUCGUCGGUGAGAUUGACCUAUCUUUGAUCGGAGCUGUAAGGGAGAGCCUUCCUUUGGAGAAGCAAGGCAGAGGGGAUCUGUACCGGCUAGUCGAUGUCCAGAGCGAAUCUGCUGCCGCAGGCUGCGUUGCUCGAGGAGAAGCAAAUGCGGCGGGCUGAUCAAAACAGCAAAACUCCUCAGCCUCUCCGGUGACAUUAUCACACAGAGGGUUGUCGAACGUUUGAAACUAUUCCCGAAACUAUUACCUCUCCUUGCAGAUAUAAGAUGUUUGGGUUUGUCCUAAGUCAAACUUCUUAAAUUUUGACCAAGUUCAUAGAAAAAUGUAUUAACAUCCACCAUCUCAAUUUGGCCUGCAAAAAGUGUGGACAUUUGGUGAGCCUGGUAUAUUUUUUGGAAGAUCAUAUUAAAAGUUUCAAAAAUAUGAAUAUUUCCUGUUUA